AUGGUGUAUUCCUGGGACGAUAAGGAGGCCGUGUGCUAUCGGCUGUAUGUGGAGGAGCGCAGGAGUCUGGAAGAAGUGAUAUCGUAUUGGGAGGCCCGGGGCUUUACCCCAAGCAAGCGGGCGUUUCAGACGCAGUUCAAGCGAUGGGACUUUCCGAGCAAGCAGAAUCCCGCACACAAGAACCCCGCCCUCGUCGCGCGGCUGCACCAGCUAUGGGAGCAGAACUACACGCAAAAGGACAUGGUGGAUACCCUGCAAGCUGAAGGCUUCAGUAUCAACGACCGCGAGUUGCUCCGCCUACGACUCAGACUCAAGCUUUUGCUCAGAGAGAGCGUUUCGUCGCUUGCGCAGUUUGCCAAGAAAAGGGACCGUUGGCCUCGGCAUUCGAUGCACCGACGGGCCAACGCCGACCUCCUCGGAUCUACCUCGCCAUUUUGCGCAUAG